AUGCUUCGCCCAGCAUUGUCUUUCAUCAGCUGUGGGCUGCUGCUAUUGCCAGCAUGCAUCCUUCCUGGGUGCUUUUCAUUGUCGCUGAUCCCAACCAAACUGUCGGCAGUUAAGGAAGAAACGUCCAGUCUUUCUCGUCGAGAGUGGUGGAACACCAAUCUGCUGCAACUCUCGGUGGGUGGGUUGCUGUCGACUUGGGUGCCGGAACAUGCCACUGCAGCGCCCAUUACUACCCCCUACUUGAUGGAAGAAUAUUUUCAGCCUCCGAAUACGGCAGCCGAUCAAGGUCGCUUUUACUUUCCCACCUUGACACCUCCCUUUGCCAAACGGGCACCUACCAAUACACUUGGGCCGAAAUGCAUGGGCAUUGGAACAGCUUUGACAUUUGCCAAUGUGUCCGCGACCAUUCGUUGCAACGUGGUGCAAUUGGAAUCCACCGGGGGAUUGUGGGCUCCCAUGAAAGCCUUUAUCCAGAAAUAUCCAAAGGCUCAAGUCUGGAUCAGCCCUGGCCAGUAUGGUCCGUUUGGUAGCUGUGGAUUGGAUACCGAUUUUGAUACCAAGAAAACUUCGAGCACGAUGGGAUACCGUGUCGAUGGCAUUCUAGGCGACAACAUGGCCCAACCACCAGCUGGGCCAAGGAAUUCGACAUGGCCAUUUUGUAUGUGGAUAUCCCGGAAAAUGCUGGACCGGUAUCGGAAGUGGCAUUUUGUCACAAACCAACCAAACGUGGUGGCCACGGACGCGGUCGUAUGCCCGAGCCCCCAAUGCGGUGAAGGAUUGGGUGGCCAAGAUUGCACUCAAUUUGACUUUGAUCGAAUCAUUACAAGUCACUUUGCCUCGCCCAUUGCUGCCACGCCGCAAGAUUUUGCCAGUUGCUUUUCGUAUCUGACACCCAUCAUGGGCAACAGCAACAGUAAGCUCCCACCCAUUGCCUGUCAAGAUUGGGAACUACUCGAAGGGUUGAAUCAGGUCAUUGCCGAAAACAAGCUUGGCGCUCCAGCUACUUUUGACUACAAGAAAGAUUGCAAUAGCAAAAAAGGCAAAUGA